CUUUUCUUUUUUCCUUUACAUUUAAAAAUAAAACAUGAAUGAAUUAUCUAAACAGCCGUUACAGUCAAAGAGAAUUGAGCUUAUUAUUAUACCAGGAAGAAGCUUAGGACCUUUUCGAAUAGGUUCUUCAUUAUGGGACAUAAUCAACUUCCUAUCUGACAAAACACAGUUUUUUCCUUCUGUUGAACUUAAAUAUAGCCAAGAAGAGCCUUUGGAAUAUGAUCUUAUAGUUUCAUUACCAGCUAACGGACUUAAUUUAAGAUUUGAUGGAUCACUUCAAAGAUUGAAGUCAAUUGAGUGUUAUGAUCCAAAUAAAGUGAAGCUUGUUUAUCAAAAUAAUGAUGUGAGUUCAAGUAGGACAAUACCAACAUUUUUAUUAAUUUAUAAAUCAUUUGGACCCACUUAUCCCGGUGAAUUUGACUCCAAACAAAGUAUUUACACAUUAAAAUACCCAGGCUUAUCAUUUACGUUUCCUAUACCCAUGAAACAUCAAAACUUAUAUAAAUCAUCUGUCGAUCUUCCUCUAGAGUUUCCUGAUGGCACUACACCUAUUGCUUCAAAGAUUAUGCUUUACAGUUGGCAACAAGAUACUCCUUUAUCAAAAAUUAUAGCAGAAUCCAAUACAAAAAAAGGUCAAAAACGAGAGAUAGAAAAUGCAAUAGUAAAACCAACAAUAGGAAUUACAUUGUUAUUUCCAACCUAUAUCGUUAAUACAGCUACAGAUACCAAUGCAUCAGAUGAUAUCAGCUAUCAAACUAUCUCUAUAGGUUUGAACACAACUACAGUUCAGGAUAUACUUGCAGAUCUAGGCAAGCCAACAAGAGUAUUUUAUAAGGAAGAGGAUAAGAUGAAGAUUCAUUCGGUAACUAAUAAGCAUGUAAGUCCGUCACAAGAUUCUAAUAAAUCAACACCUGAUAGCAUGAGAGAAGAAGAUAAAAGCAGAGAUCCAUUAUUCAUACAGCCAACAGACUAUUUCUUUAACUAUUUUCAUUUGGGGAUUGAUAUUCUAAUUGAUGGUGGACUACAUAAAUGUAAGAAGAUUAUUCUUCAUGGAAAUAUACCUGGUCAUUAUGAUUUUCAAAGAUAUAAAAGAUGUCCAUUUCAAAUUAUAUUUCCUAAAGAUAAAAACAUAGAAGAGGAUAAUGAAAAUAUAAUAAUGGCAAAUAUGAAGAUUAAAGCAAUGCAAGAUCUUAUACCUUGGGAUAAAUCAGAAAAUCAACAAAAACCUGUGAUUUUAACAAGAGGUUCAAGUGAACAAAACCCAUUUGGUUCCACUCAUUUAACAGGUUAUGAUGAAGGCAUAGCAAUGGAGGUGAUGAAAAACGGAUAUGUACCAACAAUUAUUUUAUUUUAAUAAUAUAAUUAAUAAAACUUUAUAUUUUUAAUACUA